AUGUUAAGCAUAUUACCAAAAACAAAUGGAAGAUUCUUCUCUUCAGCCCUCUACCUAACCGGCGAUAAGGCACGGGAGCAAUUUGCUGUGCUAGUGCCAUAUCUCGAUUUCAAACACAAACUGGGUGAUUUCGAACGAUUGAAACGGAACAUCCGUCUUCGUAAGCAUCAACUAGAUUGCGACAAUCUCAAACACCAAUGGGAACUGUACCGGGAUGUAGAGAAGCGCAAAAAGGACAUCGAACAGUGCCGAGUAGACCUUCAGAAACGCAUCCAGCAAUCGGUGUGCAAGGAGGAACAGCAGCAGCUCAAAUCACGAGCCAUUCUGGCACGCGAUGACUUAAAAAGGCUCAAAGAGCAAAGCUACAAAGUGGCGGACGUAUUUAUUGCCAACAAUUUCCUGUCCAUUCCAAAUGAUCUGCAUGAACGUACGCCCGAAGAACGGGAGAAAUGUAUACACGAAAAACCAGCACCUACUGUGCUUAAACGGACUUCGAACGUCGAUCUUAUGCAGGAACAAUUAGAAGAAUUUGGACCGACAUGCCUGUAUAUGACGGGAGAUGCGGCUUGGAUGGAUCUACGCUUACCGAUGCAUUGUUGUGAAACGUUUCGCCAAAAUAAUUGCAUCAUUUUCUGCAAUCCUGACUUUGUACGAAGUUUUCUAGUUGAGGCGGCCAUGGUCAGUAAGGAAUCGCUGUUUCUUGUUCGGGAAGAAGAUGAGCCAGAGAACAAGGUGAACUUACUGCAUCUCUGUGGCGGAGGUUCGUUGCUAAGCUUUCUGGGAUACUUCACCAAACUGUCGGUGUUUCCUUCUGUGCUCCCUUUACGGCUUGUCGCUAGCGGUAAGCGCUAUCAUUUCCAAAAGGCUCAAUCGAAUGAAGUGCAGGCGUUUGGAGCCUGUAAAACAGCUCAGGAAGCGGAGAACAUGUUUGACGAGAUGGUGCAGAUCUAUAAACAAUUCUACGAUCAGCUACCCAUCGGCUAUCGUAUUGUACAAGUGGCGGCACCCGAUCUUCGACCAAUCGAAUCGAUGCGUGUUGAUUUUGAACUGUUUGAUGACCGAAAUCAGAGGUACGUAAAGGCUGCCGAGCUAGGAUACUAUACGGAUUUUCUCAGCAAACGAAUUGCGUUCAUCUACCACGAAGGUAAGGUGCAACACUUUCCACACGUGAUAGCAGGCACCGUUAUGAGCUCUGUCGAGUUGAUUAAGCUUCUCCUUAGCAAUGGUAUUACGCUGGAUGAUUUACCAAUGAUGGACAUAUUCGGAGAGAAAUAA